AUGCUCGCACAGAUGGCUGCAACUGCCGGCUCUGUAGCAGUUGGAUCGACCAUUGGCCAUGGCAUUUCCAGCAUGCUCUUUGGCAGUGGUGGAGGAAGCGCUGCUGCGCCUGCUGCUGAAGCCCCUCCUGUCCAACACCAACAGCAACAGUCGAGUGGGAUUAACUGUGAGGCUCAGGCCAAGGAUUUCACCAAGUGUUUGGAGAAGGCCGAUCUCCCUUCUUGCACGUGGUAUCUUGAGCAGCUCAAGGCUUGCCAAGCUGCCGCUGCCCCUUACUAAUUGACUGGAUGGAAGGCGCGUUAACAUUCAUUCUCGAGCAACUUUGCGAGCUCGGGGAGGAUGUAGUAGGGUCGAUGAUGAUUCGGGACCUUGUGUGUACGACCCCUUUGCAAUGCCAUCUCUCUAAAUACCACCACUCAUACAACGUUAUAUUAAGAUUAUACCAUGUUUUUUACGCGAAUAUAUAGAUAAUACGAUACGCUUUGGAAGG